AUGCCUGGAUCGGUAAGCUGUGUUUCCGCUCCUACCUGGCAUACAUCCGGACCAGAGACCCCAGCUCAACAAUUUUUUAAAAAUUAUGUUGAUAGAGUUGACUCCUAUAGCUUCAAGCAUGGCUCUGGCUUACAAUUCUAUUCCAAAGACGUCGUUUUCCACAACCAGAACAACGCCCAGUACAAUGGUGGAGAUGAGAUGUGGGCGUGGAUGAAACGUCUAUUCAGACAAUUUAGAAGUCUGCAACACGACUUUCACCGGCUCUGGGAAGUCAAGAAUGGUGAUGGUACAGCCACCAUCAUGUCCCAGUGGACCCGCAACAUCUGGCUGCCUGGAAACAAUACCGAAGAGCCCACUGUUAGCAUUCCGCUCAGUUGGAUCUCUAUUAUCGGCUCUGCUGACUUCGCCGAUGCUUUGGAUGGAUUGAAUUUCAGGGAGGUCUGGCUUUACUUGGAUGCAACUUUGCUCGCGAAAUAUCUCCCCAGGAGGCUGUUGUUUUCGAAACGCAGAACAUAUUACGUAAGGCAUAAACAACGGCUAGUGGGUAUAUGCGGUGAUAGAGCAUCACCACCGGUCGGCUGA